UCAUGUAUUCUUGCGAAUUCUCGUUUUAAACGAGAUUUCAUAAAAAUAAAAACAAAGCUUUUGUGUAAAAUAAUUACACGUUUAUUUGAGAGCUGUUGCAUUUUUGACUGAGAGAAAAUUGCAGUUAGAUGCAUUGAUAAGACAUAAUUCAGAAAUGAAGAUUCAGAUGGAAGGAUUUCAUAAACUUCAGGAUGACCUGGAAAAGGUCAUAGAGAAGGAUGACUCAGCAAGCUCAAUCACAACAGAUUCUGAGGAAACGAAACUUGAGUUCAGGAACAUGAACGAGCGACUGAAACAUAUGUUCCAUACGAACAAAUUCCAGAUCUUGAUUGUGUGCCUCGUCAUUUUAGAUUGUCUUCUGGUUAUAACAGAGCUGCUGAUUGAUCUGAAAGUGUUUCCACACUCGGCCAGCGAAUCGCCUGCUCCCCACAUUCUUCAUUAUGCAAGUAUAGCCAUACUCGGACUGUUCUUGAUUGAGACUCUCGUAAGACUCGCUGUUUUCAAGCUCGAGUUCUUUAAACACAAGCUGGAGGUGUUUGAUGCUGUUAUUGUGAUUGUUUCGUUUGUUCUCGAUAUUGUCUUCAGAAAUCAAGAAGGACCUGAGAGUGGUAUUGGGCUUCUUAUUGUCCUCAGACUCUGGAGAGUGACCAGGAUUUUAAACGGUAUUGUUUUGUCAGUCAAGUUACAGGCAGAGAAAAGAGUUCAGCGUGAACGUAGAUUACGAGACGCGUGUGAACAGGAGCUUAUGAAAUAUCGCGAGUACUGCGCAGCUCAGGAGAGCGAGAUUGAAACGUUGAGAGGCCUUUUAAGAAAACACGGUAUCAGUGACAUUAUACAGACAGAAAUUCCAAAACCCGCAAGUCGUAUUGAUGUUGUCGCAGAAGUUAAUCAAGUUGAUGAUAAAGGGAUUGAAGUGAAAGAAAAAAGUCCCGAUAUGCCGCCUUCAGUCUGAUUUGUUCUUCUCUCUGUCUGACACUUCUCAAUGAAAAUGGUUGCCAUUGUUUUUUGGUAGCAUGUUUCUACAGAUUUUGUUGAUUUAUUCACAUUUUUGAACAGUUAUAAUGCAUAAACAAAGUUAAGCAUGACUGAGUUUGAUAAAUCUUGCCUACUUGUAUUUAAAUCAGCAAAAUUUGUAGAAUCAGAUAUGUAUAAUUAUGCAUUUAAUGUGCUAUUUAAAGAAAUUUAUAAGGUGCAUUUAAAUAUGUUCAUCAAGUAUUUUCAGUUAGUUGUUUUUGCAAGGAGUAUCUGUCUUAAGCUGUUAUCUAAGCAUUAUGUAAUAUAUUCAUUUGGACACUCGCCACAUUGAAAGGUUCCAUUUCAGUUUUCUUGUUUGUGCAUCAUGUCACCAGUUAUUUGUUUAACACUCAUUAAACAUCUCCAAUUAAUUAGUCACCAUAUAAUAUAAUCACAUUUUUGUGAUAACUUAUAAAUGCUUGGAACAUAGCCUUACUGAACAAUUUUUUGUUUUAUGUGUACAUGUAAUUCUAUUUUUCUCAGUCUUUAUGUAUCAUUUGAUAUGACCAUAAUGCCGCCAGUUUCUGACUGUUUCAUCAAAUUUUGAAAUUCAAUUUUGUUGAUUGACUAUGUCACAAUCUCAGUAGUACUUCCACUGGCACCAGACCAGAAAGAAAAUGCCUCUGUAUAUGUUAUACCCUACCCCUAGGU